GGCAGCUGGGCGGUUGGCGAAGGCGUUGGGAGGAGGCGCCGCGCCUGGUGACCCGCGUCCCUCAGCGGCGGAGGCGCAGGUGUAGCAGUGGCGGUUUCGAGGCCCGAGCGGUACCACAGGCAUUUGCAAUAUAGGAUACCUUCAUCUGGUAUCAAGGAUUAAAAUUAUUUGAAAUUGUGCAGUCCCUGCACAGACCCUGGCCAGUUUCUUUCACAUUCAUCCUUAUUUAUAAGAAUUGAAGAAUGGAUUUCUCAUGGGUUUACCAAUUUAUGGCUCUUCUGUGGAAGAAUUUUAUUUUAAAGAGGCGGCGAUUGAUGGCGUUAUUUGUAGAAUUCACCCUGACGUUACUAUUUGCUGGUACGCUUCUGUUAACACGCAAGAUUUUGACUAUAAAGAAGUAUGGGCCUUUCAAUUACUCUCUUCAGCCUGUUGAUAAGUUACCUGCAUUUCUUGGAAUGCCCAUGAUUUUUCCUGGUCCAUGGGAACUGGCUUUCGUGCCUUCCAAAAGUGUUGUGGUGAAGAGUAUUGUUGACCACGUGAAGAGGGAUUUACACUAUAAUUUCACAGUUCGAGGCUUUUCUUCAGAACGAGAUUUUGAAGAGUAUGUUAAACAAGAGAAUAACUCUAAAAAAGUGUUGGUUGCUAUUAUUUUUGACCAUGAAUUCCAAAAUAGUGAUGAUCCCCUACCACUUAAGGUAAAAUAUUAUCUGCGUUUUAGUAGUUUUCAGAGGAACAAGUAUAUGGGUUUUGUCCGAACAGAAGGCUGGGAAACAGGUGUUCUCUUUCCAACUUUUCCUUCUUUGGGACCCCGAAGUGAACGUAGUUCCCAUGGGGGGAGUCCUGGGUACAUCACUGAAGGGUUCCUGGCUAUGCAGCAUGCCUUGGAUAUUGCCAUCAUGAAAUACUAUAAUCACAAGGCUACACAAAAGCUAUUCCGAGAAGUCACUGUAUUUGUUCAGAGAUUUCCAUAUCCAGCAUAUUCUCAUGAUUACUUCUAUACCUUUUUUGGUAUUUUCAUCCCUUUAGUAAUCUUAUUUAUCUUCUCUAUGAAUCAUCUUACCCUCAUUCAGGCUAUUGUGUGGGAAAAGGAAAACCGAUUGAAGGAGUACCUGCUCAUGAUAGGACUCAGUAAUUGGAUGCUCUGGGCUGCCUAUUUCUUCACAUUCCUCUCUUUGUAUUCAGUUAUCAUCCUUUUGAUGUGCAUUAUUUUCUUUGCCAAGAUAGAACCUGUGCCAGUUAUCCAAUACAGUGACCCAUCUCUUGUCUUCGUCUUUUUGCUAUGUUUUGCCAUCGCCACAAUGUUCUUCAGCUUUAUGGUUAGCACAUUCUUCAAUAAAGUACAUUUUGCUGUUUCUGUUGGAGGUUUCAUUUAUCUCGUUACCUACUUUCCAGUUGUUACUGUCUCUAUAAACUUUGCAGAAAUGACAUUCACCCAGAAGCUGGCUUCCUGUCUCAGCUCAAAUAUCGCAAUGGGGCUGGGAACUAAAUUCCUAGUCAAGGCAGAAAUGGAGAAAAUUGGAAUUAAAUGGAGCAACAUCUUCUCACCACCCCAAAUGGAGAACUUUGGCUUUGCCCACGUACUGGGAAUGUUUUUAUUUGAUGCUUUCUUAUAUGGCCUUGUGGCCUGGUAUAUAGAAGCUGUCUUUCCAGGGGAGUAUGGUGUGCCCAAGCCAUGGAACUUUUUCUUGCUGCGCUCUUACUGGUUUGGGGAAGCAUCUAAGGGAAAAAAGGAAAGAAGGCAAUUUUAUGAGACAAAUGAAAGCAAGUAUUUUGAAGCAGAACCUACUAAUUUGGUGGCAGGUAUCCAAAUCAAACAUUUGUGCAAGGAAUUCCGAGUGCAAAAUACUACCAAAAUAGCUGUAAAAGACUUGUCUUUGAAUUUAUAUAUGGGGCAGAUUACUGUUCUUCUAGGACACAAUGGAGCAGGAAAAUCCACUAUUCUGUCUAUUCUCUCAGGUCUCUAUCCUGCUACCAGUGGAGAGGCCUAUGUUAACGGAUAUGACACCUCAAAGCAGAUGGUCCAGAUCAGGAAAAGCUUGGGCUUGUGUCCCCAACAGAACUUGUUGUUUGAUUACUUGACCGUCUCAGAACACCUUUAUUUUUAUUGUUUGGUAAAAGGAAUACCUCGAAAGACACGUCUUGUGGAAAUUGAUCAUAUGUUGUCUACUUUUAACCUGCUAGAUAAGCAUAAUGCAUUUUCAUUUUCACUGAGUGGAGGAAUGAAGCGCAGACUCUCUGUGAUCAUAGCACUUAUAGGGGGCUCCCAGGUUGUGAUACUUGAUGAGCCAACAUCUGGAAUGGACCCAGUCUCAAGGAGAGCCACCUGGGAUGUCCUUCAGCAGUAUAAAGAGGAUCAUACCAUCUUAUUGACCACCCACUACAUGGAUGAAGCUGACAUCUUGGGUGACCGCAUAGCCAUCAUGGUCAAAGGAUCCCUGCGGUGCUGUGGCUCUUCAGUUUUCCUGAAAAAAAUAUAUGGUGUGGGAUACCACAUGGUCAUGGUGAAGGAAGCUCACUGCAAUGUUGAAGAAAUCUUAAAAUUUAUUCAGUAUCAUAUACCAGAAGCCACUUUGGAGAAGAAGGUUAAUAAUGAAAUAUCUUUUCUUCUACCCAAAGAGUAUACACACAGCUUUGAAGUUCUGUUUACUGAUCUGGAAAAGAGACGGUAUGAGUUAGGCAUUGCUAGCUUUGGUGCCUCUGUUACUACCAUGGAAGAAGUAUUUUUUAGAGUCAAUAAUAUGGAAGAUUCACAAGUAGAUAUCCCAGCUACCCAAACUCCACCUCCCUCUGUGAUGAGUGAAGUCUCAGUUAAGAACCAGAAUAGGAAUAUGUCAAGCAAUGAGAGAGCACAGUGUUCCACCAUGAACGAAAGUCCUGCUAUUAUGUUUAAUACUGGGUAUUCCCUCUACCACCAGCAGUUCUGUGCCAUGUUCAUAAAGAGGGCGCUGUUCAGUUGGAGGAAUUGGAAAUUGAUUUUGCUACAGAUGCUGGCACUCCUAGGUUCCUUUACUUUUCUCUCAAAGGCUGAAAAUUUUUUACAUAAUAAUGAUGAAAAGGCCAGACAAAUGGAUUUGAAUCAAUAUGGUCAAACAAUAGUGCCUUUAUCUAUUUCUGGGAAUUCUAAUUUGACCCUGAUUUUCCUAAAACAUCUUAGGAGUAUGCUAGAGUCUGACAAACACACACUUAAGGAAGUACAAGGUGACCUACUGAAAUACUUAAUGGAAAAUGAAGAUUGUAUUCACUUAUGCAUUGUUGCAUUUUCCAUUGAGGUGAAGACAAAUAAAAUAAUACUUACUGGUCUUUUCAACAAUCAAGCAUAUCAUUCACCAUCUCUGACCCUGUCGAUAUUAGACAACAUUCUUCUCAUGACCAUUGCUGGCUCUAAUGCUUCUUUAACAGUCUCCAAUAAGCCUCAGCCAUACCUUAGGCAUAAAAAACAAAGUGCAACAUUGUCAAAUGGACUCCACGUGGCCUUAAAUAUACAUUUUGGCAUGGCUCUUUUGAUCAGUGGCUUUUGUCUCCUGACAGUGACCGAACAAAUCACGAAGGCAAAGCACAUCCAAUUUUUGAGUGGGGUUUAUGUCCCUGUGUACUGGCUUUCUGCUCUACUGUGGGAUUUCAUCAUCUUCUUUAUUACCUGCUGCUUACUACUAGGAGCAUUCAAAUUCUGCCAACUGGAUAUUUACAUCACAGACUACCAUUUUCUGGACACAAUGCUGAUCUUCAUGCUAUAUGGCUGGUCUGUCAUUCCCCUCAUGUACCUGCUGAGCUUUCUGUUUACUAAAAGUACUUCUGCCUACAUCAAGCUUGUCCUAUUCAACUACCUUUCAGGCAUUUUCAGUGUCCUCAUAGAUGCCACUCUUCAGUUCGGUAAGAAAGUUCAACAUAAGAUGUCAAAAGCCACCAGAGCCUUCAUAUUUAAUUCAUUACUGUUCUUUCCUAAUUACAACCUUGCGAAGUGUAUCGAUGACUAUUUUACUUUCUACCAGAUAAAGAAAUGGUGCUCUGGAAACAAACCUCCUGUCUACAUAAAUUGUAGUAAAGAAAAUACUGCGAAGAAUGUUUAUUCUUUGGAAGAGAAAAUGAUUGGAAAGUACAUGAUUGUAAUGAGUAUCACAGGCUUUAUUUGCCUUCUCUUGCUUUUCUUUUUGGACACUACUUUGUGGAAGCUAAGAACAUUUCUCAGUCAAUAUGUUUACUUUGGUAUCUAUAAGACAUUCAGGACGGAAAAAGUGUCCAAGGAACUAUCUGGAGAAUCCGAUGAUGAAGAUGUACAAAAUGAAAGACAGAGAAUCCUGGGGCAGCCUAGGGAGUUGCUGAAUUCUGCAGUCCUUAUUAAGGAACUCACAAAGAUAUAUUUUAAGUAUCCAGUCAUUUUAGCUGUGAAAAAUAUCUCUGUUACAAUCCAAAAGGGAGAGUGCUUUGGAUUGCUUGGAUUCAAUGGAGCUGGAAAAACUACUACCUUCAAAAUUUUGACUGGAGAGGAGACUGUUACCUCUGGGGAUGUGUUCCUUGAGCAAUUUAGCAUCACUAAAAGGCUCCAAAAAGUGAAAUCGAGAGUUGGCUAUUGUCCUCAGUCUGAAGCAUUGCUGGAAUACAUGACUGGUCGGGAAAUAAUGAUCAUGUAUGCCAGGUUAUGGGGAAUCUCUGAGCCCCAGAUUCAGCUGUAUGUGAAUAGAUGGUUGAAUUCAAUGCAACUGGAACUCCAUGCUGACAAGCUUAUCAUAACCUACAGUGGAGGAACCAAACGUAGGCUGAGUACUGCUAUUGCCCUAAUGGGAAAUACCUCAGUCAUUUUGCUAGAUGAGCCAUCAACUGGCAUGGACCCUGGAGCCCGACGCCUGCUCUGGGAUGCUGUGACAUGGACACGUGAAAGUGGCAAAGCCAUCAUUAUAACUUCCCAUAGAAUGGAGGAAUGUGACGCCUUCUGUACCAGGCUGGCCAUCAUGGUGGAGGGAAAGUUCAUGUGCCUGGGUAGCCCUCAGCACCUCAAAAGCAAGUUUGGCAACAUUUACGUCCUGAAGAUCAAGGUCAAGAUUGAUGCACAGGAGGAUAAACUGAAUGAUUUAAAAUUUUUCAUCACAAUGAUAUUCCCAGGUAGCGUAUUAAAGCAUGAGAAUCAAGGGAUCCUAAACUACUACAUUCCCAGCAAGGACAACAGCUGGGGAAAGGUGUUUGGUAUUUUGGAGGAAGCUAAAGACAAAUUCAAUUUAGAAGACUACUCCAUCAGUCAGAUAACACUGGAACAAGUCUUCCUGAUCUUUGCUAACCCAGAGAACACAGAAGGUGAUUAUCAAGAAAAGAAAAGAAGAAGAAAUGAAGUGAAGAAUGAUAUACAGAGCUUUUCCUCAGAUUCUUGUUUGGCCACAUGGAGUCCCCCAUAAGCCAUGUGAGAAAUCUAGUAACUCUCAAGAUUCAUGGGCAGAUGAGCAGACAGGAGAUGAUUGUUGUCCAGUUGCAAGAUAGAAGGAAUCCAUGAAGCUGCUCUACUUUAGGAUGGUUUGUUCAAGGUUUAUAUAUUCUUAGUUGGAUAUUUGUGAGUAAUAAAAUUAUACCCAAAAGCUAA